AUGUCGAAAUUACACUGCACCAGGCACCAACAGCAUUGCUACAGCUUGGUCCUCAACACCGCCACUUUCACUGACGCAGAAAUAACGUGUGCAGGGUACGGUGGUAUCCUGGCAACCAUACCUGAUGAGGGCACUCAGCUCUUCAUCAUCCAGCUUGUAGGUGACAGAGACACCUGGAUCGGACUGGACGACCGCCGGAAUGAAGGACAGUUCAUGUGGAGUGAUGGCACUCCCUUGGGGUCGGGAUACACCUACUGGUCACCAGGUGAGCCCAACGACGCAUCGACAUCCUCUGACCAGGACUGUGUCCAUCUGUGGCCACUAGCAGGGUUCCGUUGGGAUGACCAACCAUGUGAGAGGAUGGAACACUUUGUCUGCCAGUUCAGUGCCAGCGGUGACAGGUCCAACGCAGACCCAGGCAACAGCAACGUGCCAGGAAAUAGUCAUGAUCGUCAUCUUGACCAUCAGGCCCAGCAAUAACCUCACUUCCAAAUAUACGAACAUCUGCCUUUCACUGUAAGACAGACGCAGAGGUUAACGGCAAAGUCUCGGUAGAGAGGCAUGUAAUUCAGGCUUGACUGCAAUAUGUAUGCAAAUAUCAUAAAAUGUGUUUCUAAUAAUCAUCAAGAGUCAUUAGGCCGCAACAACUACAUUUUUGUAUGGUAUGCUCUGCAGAGAGAAAAAUACAACAUGGAUAAAAAAAAAACAAAUGCACUUACUGUGGCCUUAGGAUGUUUUGUGCUCUCAGCUGUAUUCUGUCACUUUGUUUGCAUUCAUUCACAAGUCAUCUAGUAAAUUAGAUUUCCAUGAAUAUAUUAGAUUUUAUACGUACAAUUUCAUAAUGGCACUUUCUAAUAGAUACAACGCAUGGCAUAUGUGGCACAGUAUACGCCCCAGGUGAAAUAACUUUGUUCUGUGCAACAUGAGAAAAAUGUGCUGCGAAAACCACAGCAAAACGAAUGGUGUUUUAGCUUAAUCUGUUCCAAAUGAACGUUAACAGUUAAUUCAAAUAGUACGUGUAGGAUAUCCAAGUAUCUGACCGGAUGAGUUUCUUUAUUUCUACUACAAACUAUUGGAUAUAAAUGCGAUUAUAUACUUAUCCAUUUUUUGUCAUCUGUUUCAGAACAUAAGACCAAUAGACUACUAUGAAGGUAUA